AUGAAGAAAUUCGAGUACAAACAGAGCAAUUACGACCACACCUUGUUCUUCAAAAGAAAAGGAGAACUGACUACCUGUCUCAUCAUCUAUGUCGACGACAUGAUUAUCACCGGAGAUGACAUAGAAGAAAUAGAACAGUUGAAAGGAAAACUUUUUCAAGAGUUUGAAAUGAAGGAUCUUGGGAACCUAAAAUAUUUCCUAGGAAUAGAGGUACUCAGAUCAAAAGGAGGUAUCUUUAUUUCUCAAAGGAAGUAUAUCCUUGAUUUCUUGACAGAGACAGGUAUGAUAAAUUGUAAGCCAGCUGACACUCCUAUGAUCAUGUACCAUGGGCUCCAAAUUAUUGAAGGAUCUGAAUUAGUAAAUCAGACUCGGUACCAGAGACUUGUUGGAAAACUAAUAUAUUUGUCUCAUACUCAGCCUGAUCUAGCUUAUGUAGUAGGAGUGGUUAGAAGGUUUAUGCAUAAACCUCAAAAGCAGCAUCUUGAAGUAGUAUACCGAAUUUUGAGAUAUCUGAAGAAACACCUGGAAGAGGGGUUUUAUAUGAAAGUCAUGGUCAUUUGGAUCUCCAUGCUUUUACUAACGCUGACUGGGGAGGAGAUCGUGAUAGCAGAAAAUCCACUUCCGGGUAUUUCACUCUAG